GCAGCAGAGAACGGGCAUGAAGCUGUAGUUAAGCUGCUGCUUGAGACGGACAAGGUUGAGGUUGAUGUAAAGGAUAAGAACAAACAGACGCCCCUAUGGAAGGCGGCAGCGAGUGGGUACGAAGAUGUAGUCAAGCUGCUGCUUGGGACAGACAAGAUUGAGGUUGAUGUAAAGGAUGAGAAUGGACAGACGCCGCUAUGGAAGGCGGCACAAAACGGGCACAAAGCUGUAGUUAAGCUGCUGCUUGAGACG